AUGUCCGCAGAAGAAACCAACCAGCUAGAAUCGUCAAAUAAUGCCGGUCCAUCAACGCCUGCGCCUCCAACAGUGAUCGUUGACGAGGCAGCCGAUACUUCUUUGCUGGAUCUACCAAUCUCGGAUCAAGCUCAAGCAGGGUAUCAUGCACCUCCUGCCCAACCUUCCGAGCCAAUCACCACCCCUGCUCCACCACGUACAGAACCGAUCGUACCAGACGCACCCUCUCAUCAACCUCCGGCAAAAGGGUUACCCCUCUCCACACCUUCCUCAUCACUCACACCUACCGCCCCUCGACCUGCUCAAGCAGACCUAGCCGAAUUCGACCCAUAUGCUACACCAGCUCCGACCUUCUCCUCUUCAGCGUCGAAAGAUCCGGUCACACCGGCGAGGAACAAUGCUCGACUUGAUCCAUCUUCUUCAAUACCGCAGGAAACACCUAGACAGGUCGGUUUAACCGAAGCUGAAAGUAGUGGAUCUAUCAACUCAAACACCGAGCCUACAUUUAACUUCUCUGGAUUCUUGAAGGAUCUAAGGACAAAGUCUGCUGAACCUAUAGCUCGAUAUUUGAAAAGCUUCUUAUCGAAUUUUGCUAAGAAACCAUUUACUGUCAACGAGCAGAUCAAAUUGAUACAUGACUUCCUUGCUUUCAUAUCCGAGAAAAUGGCUCAGGUCGAACCGUGGAAAUCACAGACACCGGCAGAGUUCGACAAUGCUCUGGAAGCGAUGGAAAAGCUAGUCAUGAACAGGUUAUACAACUACACUUUCACCCCUCAAUUGGUACCUUCUCAGCCUAUCACUACUGACGAUCUAGAACGAGAUGCAGUGUUCGCACAGAGAGUGAGGUUGUUCGGAUGGGUUAGGGAAAAACAUCUGGAUGUACCUGAGGGAGAAGCUACCCAGGGGUUUUUGGGAUUUGCCGAGCAAGAACUGCUCAAGAUAAAUCACUAUAAAGCGCCUAGAGAUAAAAUGAUCUGUAUCCUCAACUGCUGUAAAGUGAUAUUCGGUUUGAUACGGAAUGUUUAUGGUGCUGAAGCGACUGGGGCGGAUGCAUUCGUGCCUAUAUUGAUCUUCGUUGUGCUCCAAGCCAAUCCUGAUAACAUGCUGUCCAACAUCGAGUAUAUCAGCCGUUUUCGAAGUGCUUCCAAGUUGCAAGGAGAAGCUGGCUACUAUCUUUCCAGCUUGAGCGGAGCUAUCGCAUUCAUAGAGACAAUGGAUGCUUCAAGUCUGAGUAACAUUACCCAAGCAGAAUUUGAGAAGAACGUCGAAGAUGCUAUCCAAGAAUUACCGCCUUCACCAUCAGCUUCAACUGCUCGAGCAUUACCCCCCGCAGAUAUGUCUCCGUUCUCCGCUGUCACCUCGGGAGAGGAAGCUGCUCGACCAUUGUCUCUCACAACCACUGUUCAAGCCUUGGAUGGUACCAAACGGUUCUUCCAACGUACCGGUAACUUGGCUCAGGAGGCAGUCAGUAAACCUCUCAGCGCCAUCGGCAAGAUCCUAGAAACCAUGCAGAGUCCGACCGACGAUAGGUCUGAAGAUGGCAGUACGAGUGGUGAAGAACGAUCACCUGAGAGACGACCUAGGCAAGAGCAGCAGACUCCAGCUUCGAGGGAUGUAUUCAGAACUAGAAGAUCUCAAUUCAAUAGAGCUGCUACGCCCGAAAGUCCGUCGAGAACUUUGCAAGGUUUCGGCUUGGGUAUACCUGGAGAUGGGUCAGCUCCAGCCUCACGAGCUGGAACGCCAUCCCCUGGUGAUAACCCCAUUCCUGAUUUCUCAUCAUUGCAGCUUCAAUCGACCAUCGACAUGUCCCAAGAAGCUUACGCACAAACGCGGCGAGCUAACGUACAGACUCUGCAUCAAAUGUUCCCUGCACUGGAUGAAGAUGUGGUUGAAGCGGUCUUGGAAGGAAGUGGAGAUGAUUUGGGUUUAGCUAUUGAUCGAUUAUUGGAGAUGUGA